CUCGACAUGAAAGGCAUGCUGGCAGUCGCACUUGGACGCCCACAGAUCCGCGCAGUCAGCUUCUCCGCGCAGCUCCCUCGACGGCGACCAGCUCUGAGGGAUCUCGUGAUCUUGUCACCCAGCUUGUCUGCGUCGCUUGGCCGGGAACCGAAUGAAAUUGCCAAGAUCAUCUCGGACGAAUCGGCCACCGACCCAAAAACUCCGUUCCGCAUUCAAUUGCCCAACAGUUUGGACCGUCCGUGGGUAGCGGCGAAGGACGUCGGCUUGGCCGAUCCACAUGCCCAUCAGCCAGCACCUGAGCCUCCAGCGAGCCAUGAAUGCUGCGGCUCCAGCUGUCCGAACUGUGUAUGGAUCAGUUAUUGGGAAGAAAGUCAGGCGUGGGAAGCGGCGGUGGCCGCCGCUGCCGCUUUAAACGAACAAGUUGCGUAAAACUCUUUUGUUUAUGUUCC